AUAUCAUUUUAUGUCUGCUUUCCAGAGAGUUAAUGCUUCUUGGAUAAAUCUACCUAAUUCUAUUCUCAUUACAUUAAUAAAUUAAAAUUUUGAAUUUUAGAAGUGUACCUAUAUACUUCAAAGCAUCCUAGGAUAAAACCAUUUUAGGAAAUCUAUUCUGCUGUCCUGAGGUGAAGUGCAUACAGCAUAAUGAGUUCUCAACGUGGGAAUGUUGUUCGAACAAGACCCCAAAAGCAUAAAAACAAGAAAGUGUUUGAUAACCUUCGAUUUGACACUAAUCAUCGGAGCAAGAUGAUUGCUGAACUUGAUGUUGUGCAGGUCUGUGAGACUUGCAAUAACAUCAUUGAAUGGAAGAUUAAGUACAAGAAGUAUAAACCUCUCUCUCAGCCCAAAACUUGCACCAAAUGCAGUGAUAAAACGAUUGUGAAUGCAUACCACACAGUGUGCUUGCCAUGUGCAACGUCUCUGGGUAUCUGCUGUAAAUGUGCCAAGGAGAAGAAAGUGGUCAAAGAGGCACCUCCGGAUGAACGAACACAACUUAAAGAAAAGAGCGAACUGGAAGCAGAAGUGAGGAGGCUACCAGUGAGGAGAAGGAAAGCGUUCUGGAGAUUCAUGGACAAUGCGAAUGGCAUCGGCCCCAAGGUUGACAUCACCGACCUGGACACGGACGAGGCGCUGGCGAGCUACGAGCAGCGGAUGAAGCGCGAGCAGGAGUCGUGUCUGCCACACAACGACUACAUGAAGCUCGCUUACCGCAAGCUUGAGCAACUCAAGCGCCACACUAAACUCAGGAUGACGUUAGCCGACGACUUCGAUGACCUCAGCUUAGGGGAUGACGACGAUGAUGAGGAUGACGAUGAUGAAGAUGAUGAUGAAUCUGGAUCCGAUGACGAGGGAAGAUGAAUCUUGAUCUGAUGACGAGGGAAGAUGAAGUUUGUUCUUCAAAACCCUCCAGUUGUCAUUCUUUGGUGACGAAUAAAUGUUUGAGAUUUAA